AAUCUCUCUAUUAUGAAAAUAAUUAUAAUCCUUUAAAUAUGAGAUGAGAACAGAGAAAAAAUAAGAAUAGAUAAUAGAAGAAAAGGAUGUGAUAGUAUUUGGAUUUGUUUACUGGUUAAGUAGCGUAAAAUUAAAUUUUUAAAAUGGUGCUGAGAAAGUGAAACACAUUAAGGAUAGAGAAAUAACAAAAUGUAAGGCUGUUUGAUGUGAUAAUAGAGAAUCAUCUAACGGUAUGAUGAAAAGAACUAAAAGGUAGAGUAUUAAGAUUAAAAAAAAUGCUUGAGACGGAGAUGGAGGAGAGUAAAAGUUGUAAAACAAUUUGAAAAGCUGAUUGGAAUGGAAAGUAAGUAAUUGCUGGAGGGAUUAGUAAUUAUAUGAUAGCAAAAUUGUAAAUGGAUGAAUAUUUGGAGUAUUGUGAAGAAAUAAAAAAUGUCAUAGUGAAUGAGGU